AUGACGGGCUUCUUGACGGAAUACGACCGCUUCCAGUUGCGGAAAGUGCAGGUGCCGGACAACAUCAAGGUCCCCCGCAUUGCCCCGAGGCUGGUCGAGUGGUUCGCCGCCUUGGAGCGCCAGCUCGCCGACGAGGCCACCGACGCCGACCGCCGGCUGAAGUUGAACGAAUUCUUCCCCAUCAACCGCAAACUCGACUUCCGCCAGAACCUCUUGAUGAUCAAGCGCCGGUCGCUUCAGGUGGGGAACCCGCUCCGGGCCCUCGAGCUGUGGGAGAAGUUUUACUGGAACGGCAACCGCGACCCCGACGAUUUCCGCCUUAAAACGAUCAAUCACGCCGUGCGUUGUCUUGUCGCUGGCGAAUACGACCGCCACUUGUUUGUCCACAUUGCCAAAAAGCUGUUGGGCGAUAAAUACAUCGUGGUUCGGAUUAAACCCUUAGAUGAGCUCUUUGAAGUGUUUGACGAAGUCGAGGCAGUGUACGACGCCUGGGCUCGCAUCCGCCUGGGCCUACGGUACUCCAGAGUGAAAGUGUUGAGACGCCACUACAACCGGGUGUACACUUACGGUAAAGCGCUCGGGGUGUUGCGGUCAGCGGCGAGAGAAGAGGCUCGCGACUUAUACCGCUCGGUGUUGAAGGACGAUUUGCGGAUGCGGAAAGAAGAGCUGGCGGCUCGGGCCCAGGUUAAACGCCAAUUGCAACAAGAAGUGCCUCAAGAGCUCGCCGAAGAGGAACAGGUGAUGCGUGAAUUGGCGGAAUUGGGUGAGGAUGAAGAUUACGACGAGGACGACGUCAUCGACGACUACGAAGUGGUGGAAAUUGACGACGAAGAAGAAAUCGUAAUUGAAGAAGAAGAAGGGGAUGAAGAUGUGGUUUACGAAUUCAAGCAGGAAGUCAAUGUCAAAUUGAAAGAAGAUAUUGUGGUUGAGGAAAUUCUCGACGACGACGACGAAGAUAUCGUAAUGAAUGAUGUCGAUGCAGCCAACGAAAAGGAAAUUAACCAAGCCAUUGAUGCCGCCCUCGAAAAGCCUACAAUUACUGGUGACGACGAUUAUGCCGAAGAAGACUUUAACGACGACGUCGAGUCCGACGAUUCUCUUGCCAACGUCUCCACGAGACCGGAAUCAUACAUCAAGCGGCCGAAGCAACAACCGUCGCUGGAGGCGAAGAAAGAGAAGAAGGAAAAGAAACAGCCAAAGGUGAAAAAGGAGUUCAAGGUGAAGAAAGACAAAAAGGAAAAGAAAGAGCCUAAGCUGAAGAAGGAAAAGAAGGAGAAGAAAGAGCCAAAAGUGAAGAAGGAGACCAAGAACCAGCUGAACAAUCUGACUGGCCAACUGCGGAUACCUGCCAAUCUCAAGAUGGACUUGGUGGGGAUGGAAGACGAGACCGUCGACCUCACCAGCCCCCGCCGCACUCGACGCCACCGGUAA